CAUGGAGCUGCUGGAGGAGGAUCUCACCUGUCCCAUCUGCUGUAGCCUGUUUGAUGAUCCUCGUGUCCUGCCCUGCUCCCAUAACUUCUGCAGGAAGUGUCUGGAAGGGAUUCUGGAGGGCAACGUGCGGAACGUGCUCUGGAGGCCCUCCCCUUUCAAGUGUCCCACCUGCAGGAAGGAAACCCCCGUGGCUGGAGUCAACAGCUUGCAGGUCAACUACUCCCUGAAAGGUAUCGUGGAGAAGUACAACAAGAUCAAAGUGGCUCCCAAGAUGCCGGUGUGCAGAGUGCACAGCGGGCAGCCGCUGAACAUCUUCUGCCGGACGGACAUGCAGCUGAUCUGUGGGGUUUGUGCCACCCGUGGUGACCACACCAAGCACGGCUUCUGCUCCAUCGAGGAGGCUUACUCCCAGGAGAAGCGGGCUUUUGAAACCCUCUUCCAGGGCUUCGAGACCUGGCGCUGCGGAGAUGCCCUCUCGCGGCUGGACGCCCUGGAAGCCAGGAAGAGGAAAGCUCUGCAGAUGCUGACCAAAGACUCUGACAAAGUGAAGGAGUUCUUUGAGAAGCUGCAGCACACCCUGGAGCAGAAACAGAACGAGAUCCUCUCCGACUUUGAGACCAUGAAGCUCGCGGUGAUGCAGGCCUACGACCCUGAGAUCAACAAACUCAACACGAUCCUGCAGGAGCAACGGACGGCUUUCAACAUCGCAGAGGCCUUCAAAGACGUCUCUGAACCCAUUCUGUUUCUGCAGCAGAUGCAGGAGUUCAGGGAAAAAAUCAAAGUGCUCAAGGAAACUCCUUUACCUUGCUCCACCGUGGACGUCAGCCCCGUAAUGAAGAGUUUUGAUACCAGCCAGUGGAACGAAAUCAAACUGGGUGACGUGGACAAGCUUGCCUUGCCUCAGGAAAACAGCCCCCUGAAGUUCAAGAUGCCCUCCCUCUUCUCACGCAGAUUCCUGGUGAACUCUCUCAUUUGCUUGCUGCUUCUCGCUGUCACCAGGAUGUCCUUGCUGGAGUCGGUGGUUGACAGUCUCCAGUGCUGGAAAUCUCAUGUCUUUACAGCUAGCAUGUCCUACUGGGCAGACACGGUGGAGAUAGCAGACCAUGCAGUCUUCUACUGGGAGCAGAUGACAGAUGGAGCUUCGCUCCUGAGAGAGAAGUGUAAAAACUAUACGCUGGUUGUACUGGAUAAUGUUGCACAGUUUGUGUGCAAGUAUAUUAAUGUCAAUGUAAGUGUAGACUAAGAGGAGAAAGUGUCAAAUCCUCACAGGUAAUAGUCAAAACAAGUUAUUUUGGGGUUGGUUGUUGUUUGUGGUAAGUGGGAGGUGGUUUGGAAAGAAUAAGAGGAGUUGUGGUUGAGCAGAGUGCUGUGCUGAGAAGGCUUCUGGAAGACCACCCUUCCAUUGCUAAAUACAGGGUGCACCAUUCACCUUCUGGCAUCACUUUCUGUCUGAGGAUCUCACUGAAAUAGGUAGAUGAUU